UUCUCGGGCAAGAAGGACGCCAUGGGCGACGACGACGCGCUGUGCCGCUACUGCUUUGGCGACGAGGCGGAUGGGCCGCUGAUCUCUCCAUGCAACUGUUCUGGAGGACAGAAACAUGUCCACUUGGCUUGUCUGCGCCGAUGGCAACGCAUGGUGCUUGUCUCGCAACCGACGCACCCUGCGUUCUACACAGACGACAAGCGACAUCACAUAUGUAAUGUGUGUCUCGCGCGGUAUUCGUGUCCACCUCCAACGCGCGCAGAGCUCAUGGAAUCGUUCACGGGUCCAGAAAUUGCCGCUCUCAUCGACGAAGGGCGACUGAUUGCAGCGAGUCCUCAAUUCUCCGACAUGUUGGCUGCAGAUCGCAACGAAACGGACCCGCGCUUGAGGCGACGAGGGGACGACAGCUACGACUUUUGGUACCAUGGAGUGUACCUUAUCACUUCGGUUAGAGAGGAUGCGGGGGAAGUGGAGCUGCCGUUGUCGACUGCUGACAGGCUCGAGUCCGUUCGUCGACAGCUCACCCGAGACAACUCGUCCAAUGAACUGAGCAUCGAAGUCCGAGGCACGAAAUUCCUCCUCGUACCCAAAGGCUCCCUUGCCGACACCGCACUGUCCAACUUGGCCACGGCACUGGACGCACUCACCGCCCCGGCUACCCUUGUACUCGCCCCCAGCGCUCCCAUGUCGUGCGGCGACGAUCACGUGGCAGCUGUGUGCAUUUCACGCCUGUUGAACCCCUCGUCGGUUCGCAUGCAACGCGCAGAAGCAGCAAUCGAGCGCGCGACUGCUCGUCUGCGGCAGCAGUACAACAAUAUCGACGGGUCCUUGGUCGUGCAGCAUUUUGCUGGCGGUCCGUGCGAUCAACAUGCAGUCGCAGCGUGCGUUAUUCGUGGCGGGACGGGUUGGACAGUGUUGUCAGAUUUGGACGAGGCCGUGGGGUUGGCGUAUCGUCGGCGAGAAUCCACCCGACGCGGCGCCGUGAGUUCUGGGCUCGGUGUGCGCAUGUGUGGGCUGCAGUCGCGGCCAGACUUGAAUGGUCAACUGGGCAUGGCACUUCGCUUCGACGACAAGGCCCAGCGUUGGGAAGUGCGUGUGGCAGGAAGCGGCGAAGGCAUCAAGCUCAAGCCAGGCAACAUGGACCUCCUCGAGACCGAACCGGUGCAUUUGAUGGUGUUUUGGGGAGACGCCCAAUGGACCCGUGCACAGCUCUUGGGCGAGAUCGCGCGGGGGAGUUGGGGUCUGUGUCGAGCCGACAUUGAAGACAUUCUCGUGCCCAUCUCGGACCGGUGGACCAGGUUGAACGGGAGUGGCCGCUUGGCGUUCGCGCCCGUGUCGGAGAUGAGCGAAGAUUACAUUCGCCAUGCGACGGAAGAGAUGCAGCACGCGCGAGUGAAUGCGCUGGCCGCGGUUGAAGCAACGCGAGAUGAUGGCGGAGCUGCCGACGAUUGACGCUGUGCGUGCGCCGCUAUCUUGCAUAUUUAACUUGAACGCGUUUGCAUGUCGACGACCUGACCGGGGUGUACCGCCAGUUGUCCACGGUGAAAUUCGAGUCAUCUUGCACACUUUGUAGGGGAGCGCAGCUGGGGGCAGCCACGAGCCCCACGGAUGCACUCGACAGGAUCCCGUAGUCGGCCGCAGGCGACGACGUUGCCGUGGCUGUUGAAGACGAUGUCGAGCCUCGACAAAGUUGGAGCCGCUACCCGCGUCAUGCGCUGGCGACAGCGACGCCCUUCGCGGCAUCUCUUGUGCCAAUUUAUGUUUGCAGCGUCGUCGAGAAGAGCUGCAUCCGUGCAAGUGGGCCUUCUAGAGCACGUCGACCCAGACCAGUCUCGACGGAUAUUUUCGUUUGCACAUGGCUUGGUCUGAGACGGA